UCCCAUUCGGCUGAGGGCAGAGCGAGCGACGGAAGGCGGCUGACGGGGAUUCGCAAAAAAUUACAAAUUUUUAUUAAAAAAUCCGCGAUAAUUUAAUCGUCAACUCCCAUUGUCACAUUCGCCAUUUCUCCUCCUCCCUCCUGUCUGUUUCUUGUUCGGCGAGAUGGCGCUCAGCGAUGCGGACGUUCAGAAGCAGAUAAAGCACAUGAUGGCUUUCAUCGAGCAAGAGGCCAACGAGAAAGCGGAGGAGAUCGACGCUAAGGCGGAGGAGGAGUUCAACAUUGAGAAGGGCCGCCUGGUGCAGACUCAGCGCCUCAAGAUCAUGGAGCACUACGAGAAGAAGGAGAAGCAGAUCGACCAGCAGAAGAAGAUACAGAUGUCCAACCUGAUGAACCAGGCCCGGCUCAAGGUGCUCCGAGCUCGCGAGGACCUCGUGCAGGAGCUGCUGAGCGAGGGGCGGCGUCGGCAGGCGGAGGUCACCAAGAACCAAGCGCGCUACCAGGCACUGCUGGACGGUCUCCUGCUGCAGGGUCUGUACCAGCUGCUGGAGCCCGUGGUGAUUAUCCGGUGCCGUAAGGUGGACGUGGCCAUGGUUAAGGCUGCGGUGCAGACGGUGCUGCCCACGUACCGCGACGUCACCAAGAAAGAUCUGGACGCUCGCGUGGACGAGACGGUCUUCCUGCCUCUUGAAGUGUCUGGGGGAGUGGAGGUGUACAGUCAGGAUGGGAAGAUUAAGUGCUCCAACACCCUGGAGAGUCGGCUGGAACUCAUGGCUCAGCAGAUGUUGCCAGAGAUCCGGGUCUCCCUCUUUGGAUCAAACCCCAACCGCAAGUUCCUGGACUGAGCAGCGCCUUCCCCUCCUGGAGGGAGCCCCAAAUCUCCCCACGCCCCAAAUCUCCCCACGCCCCAAAUCUCCCCACGCCCCAAAUCUCCCCACGCCCCAAAUCUCCCCACUCUCCAAAUCUCCCCACCCCUCAAAUCUCCCCACCCCCCAAAUCUCCCCACCCCCCAAAUCUCCCCGCUCUCCAAAUCUCCCCACUCUCCAAAUCUCCCCACUCUCCCUCCCCCAUUCCCCUACCCUACCUCCCUCCCUCUCCCCCUCUCUCUCUACCCCCUCUCCAUCCUCCCUCCCUCCCCCCCCACCACCAACACCCAGAGGAGUCGACUCAUUGAGGGUCACGUGAUUGUGAACCAGAGACUUGAGACAGAGAGAGGAUGAGGGUUGCCCCUGUGUGUGUGUGUACGUGUGUGUGUACGUGUGUGUGUACGUGUGUAAGCGUGUGUGUACGUGUGUGUGUACGUGUGUGUACGUGAGUGUGUGUGUGUACGUGUGCGUGUGUACGUGAGUGUGCAUGUGCGCAUGUACAAGUGUGUGUGUACGUGUGCAUGUACGUGUAUGUACGUGUAUGUACGUGUGUGUGCGUGUGUACGUGAGUGUGUGUGCAUGUGUGCGUGUACGUGUGUGUACGUGUGUGUGUGCGUGCGUACGUGUGUGUGCGUUUGAACUUCUUUCGCACCACCACCGUAACGUAGCCAACAGCGCUAAUCGCAGGUGCGGACGGGUGACAGGACGACAAACUAAACACACAACAACAACAAGCAGCUCUAACAAAAUGAGUUUUCAAUCUACAAGCUUUUAUAUUGAUGGUGUAAUGGUGGUGGUGGUCGUGAUGAUGCUGUUCAAUGGAGCAAAGUGCGUCUCUCCAUGUCUCUGUCUCCCCAUCUCUCUCCGUCUCUCUGCGUCGAUCUGCGUCUCACCGUCUCUGUCUCUCUGCGUCUCAGUGUCCCCUGCGUGUUCGUCAAUGGUAGUAGAAGUGGUAUCCUUGGAGUCGUUCCGUGCAUUUCACAAUCGUGGAGGACUAGCAGUGUGUACGUGUGUGUGUUGGUGUUGAACUUCUCAUGCACCGUACGUAGCCAACCGUGCUAAUUGGAGGUGCCGGGAACGGAAGGACAACAAACUAAACACAACAAGCCGGUUCUAAAACUAAUACAUUUUCAAUCUACAUUUAAAAGUGCAAUCCAGCCUGGUUAAACUCAGGAUGGAGCGCAAGUCCACUCAGCUCCACAUCCUUCUAUACCACAUCAAUCCAUCUUUUCUCCAGCUCGUGCCGCGCCCGUUUAGCCCCCUCGAUCCGGCCGAACAAAAGCUGUUUAGGCAUGCGGUGGCUGGGCAUGUGGGCUACAUGACCCAGCCAACACAGCCUUGCCUGCCGGAGGAGCUCACCCAUGGGACUUUGUCCAGAUCUUUCAAGGAUUUGUGAGCUCCUCACAAAAUCCAGCCUGCAGGUUAAACCCAAGAUGGAUCAUCAACGGCAGGGCCAGCCUCAAUGUUUCUUACCGACGCAGAUGUUCUAUAAGAGGGGUCCACGUUUCGCAAGCGUAGAGAAGUGAGGGCGGGCAUUACUGUGGCCGAGAAAGACCCGGAGCUUCAUGUGUGGAGCGACAGCCAAGUAGCUUCCACACAGCAGCAGCAGCAGCAUUAGGCAGCCGACAGAGGUCACAACCGGGUACCCGAUACCUGUACCCUACCCGAUACCCGGCUACCCGUACCCGGCCAGGUACGGGUACCCGUUUGCGACCCUGGUGCGGCCGGGUACGGGUAAGGAAUCAAAACCCGUUUGCGACCUCUGGCAGCCGAUGAAAAGUUAUUGCCGCCCGACUGAUUCGGCACGAUAUGCAGAGGUAGGGUCGCCGCCAUUGUGCAGCGCUUUCAGAUGCGCUUCUGCGGCCGUCUGGAACGCUCGUCCGAUAUUGGGAAGCAACUGGGAUCUGUGACGCACUUUUACAUAAUCAUCUAGAUUGAAAACUCAUUACAUUAGUUUAUUGCGCUACUUCCGAUUAGCACGGUUGGCUACGUACGGUGGCGCGAAAGAAGUUCAACGUACAGGGACACUCCUACUUACGGAACGAGUUCGGUUCUAGAGGUGUGUUCGUAAGUCUAUUUGUUCGUAAGUCCAACUUUACUCAAGUUGACUCCAAACAUGUUGUUCGGCGUGUACGCUAAACACAGGGAAUGGAUUUGAAAGUUGCAUAAUUUCCUGUAGAUGUCGAUGCCACUGCUUCUUCGUGAUCUGCAGAUGUGAAUGCCACUGGUUCUUCACGUUCUGCAGAUGUAGAUGCCACUGGUUCUUCGUGAUCUGCAGAUGUGAAUGCCGCAGGUUCUGCAUGUUCUGUAGAUGUGAAUGCCACUGGUUCAUCAUGUUCUGCAGAAGUAGAUGCCACUGGUCCUUCACGUUCUGCAGAUGUAGAUGCCACUGGUUCAUCAUGUUCUGCAGAUGUAGAUGCCACUGGGUCUUCACGUUCUGCAGAUGUAGAUACCACUGGUUCUUCAUGUUCUGCAGAUGUAGAUGCCACUGGUUCUUCACGUUCUGCAGAUGUAGAUGCCACUGGUUCAUGUUCUGCAGGUGGAGAUGCCGCUGCUUUUUCGUGAUCUGCAGAUGUGGAUGCCACUGGUUCUGCACGUUCUGUAGAUGUGAAUGUCAAUGGUUCUUCACGUUAUGUAGAUGCCACUGGUUCUUCAUGUUCUGCAGAUCGAGAUACCACCACUGCCGCCGCCAUCUAUUUCGCGGGACGGUUGAACUUAUUACUCUGAGACAGAACAGGCAACUGGACAUACGGACAGAUUUGUCCGUAUCUCUGAAAGUUCGCAAGUCGAAUCUUUGUAAGUAGAAGAGUCCUGUUCUCCGGUCACGCGGCAUUAGUAGUGGUUGCUUUCCUGAAGAACACCGCGUAAUGGAUAAAUCGCGUGAUAAUAAAUAAUAUAUACAAGAUUGGGGGGGGUUAAAGCAGGAUCCGCGAUAACACGCGCGAGAGAGAUGUCUAACGCAGAGGCCGGACAAACACCGAGGUGCGUGGUGGGUAGCAUCUCGAAGCAGCCCCAGCAGCAGCAAUAUCCCAAUGCUCUGUUUGACGAUGACGAUCCUACGCCGAGGGGGGAACCAUUCCGUACACACUGCUUCGUUCUCCUCGCCUCGGCGCUAAGCAGAGGUCGCAACCGGGUACGCGAUACCCGUACCCGGCCAGGUACAGGUACCCGUUUGCGACCCUGGUGCGGCCGGGUACGGGUAAGGAAUCAAAACCCGUUUGCGACCUCUGCCGCUAAGCUCCUUUCGACUCGAUCGCGUUGUGCCAUCGAUUGUUGCCCGUGAAAGCGACGCGUUCCGGGAGAGCGUGGACUGCCCGUACGGGAAGUCGUGGCGAGGGAAUUGGCGUUGAGAGUUGUGAGGGGGGUAGGGUGGUAGUGCUGGUAGGAACCUCCUGGUUACACCAGCACACACGGGAUUAUUGUGUCCGUCCGUCGUGCAUCCAAAAAUGGGAGGGGUGGGGCUGGGUGAAGAGGGGAGGGUGGGAGGGGUGGGGCUGGGUGGGGAGGGGCUGGUCACCCCGUGGUGCCCUUAUAAAACUCAACGUUUAACCUACUCACGCCGGCUUGUGCCCGCCCUCAGUCGGGCAUAUUUGCGGAAUACACCACGCCGCCAUUGACCCUGGCCAUUGACCGAGCAACCCAACGUUCCUACCAGCUCCCUCCGCAGCAGGAAUGUGUUGUUAAUGAGGGUUCCGUGAUAACCUAUGCUGGGCUCACUGUAAUUCCACUGUCGUGUUGUCGAGUGUAAGACGACGUUGUCGUUGUUGUCGUGUCGUGAAAUAAAGAACACAUUGAUCGCA